AAUAACAUUACAUUAGAUACGAAAAAAAAAAGUGCGGGGAAUGGACGUCUAUUGCGGGAAAUUGGGGAAUUCUUCAAACACCACCGACACCACACGCCCAAGGUAAUUUGAGCUGAUUGCAUUUUGUUCCACACAAAGAAGCCUCUGUUGGCUCGCUGUGUGAUUGUUGAGAACGGACGGUCGUGGGAUGAGUGUUUUUGACAAUGAAGACUCCAGUAUUCGCUAUCUUGCAGGCCCUUUUAGUUGUCAGUUUUACUGUUAAGUCUGGCUACGGGCAAAGACUGAGUCCUCCAGCUAUUAACAUUGCUCAAGGUAAGAAGAUCGAAGCAACUUCCACAUGUGGCGAGGACGUGAGCGAGUCCGAAUUGUUCUGCAAACUGGCGACGGUACCAGGAAAGCUUGGCAUUCUAGGUCUGUCCUGUGAUCAUUGUGACCCUAGUGUACCUUCCAGGGAUCACUCGAUAGACUAUGCUAUUGAUGGAACCGAAAGAUGGUGGCAAUCACCUCCUCUUUCCCGGGGACUUCAGUAUCAACGAGUGAACAUUACCAUCGAUUUAGGACAGGAGUAUCAAGUAGCCUACGUCAUCAUUAAAACUGGUAAUGCUCCCCGUCCUGGUACUUGGGCCUUGGAGAAGUCAGUUGAUGGUGGAAAAACAUUUACCCCAUGGCAGUAUUUUGCAACAGAUAACAGUGAUUGUUUAACAUACUUUGGACACUCAGCACUGCUCCAGUCAUUUAAAGAUGAUACGACAGUGACUUGCACAACAAGUUACUCUCAGGUUCCACCUUUCGAGAAUGGCGAGAUCCAUAUUUCUUUAGUUAAUGGAAGACCAGGAGCAUCAAACUUUUCUUACAGUCAAGCAUUGCAGGAAUGGACUCGUGCAAGACACAUUAGGCUGAGGUUGUUGAAAGUGAAGACAUUAUUAGCUGAUUUAUUACCACUGGCAAGACAAGAUCCUUCUGUUACAAGACGGUAUUUCUACUCUAUCAAGGAUAUUUCUGUUGGAGGGAUAUGCAUGUGUAAUGGUCAUGCAGAUGCCUGUGUUCAACGGCCAGGUGAAUCGCAGUUUAGAUGUAGUUGCAAGCAUAAGACAUGUGGUGUCAAGUGUGAAGUAUGCUGCCCAGGCUUUGUUCAGAAGGAAUGGAAACCAGCCACAGCUGAAAGUAGCAAUGAAUGUGAACCCUGUAACUGCCACAACCAUGCAACAGACUGCCAUUACAGUGAGCGCAUUGCUCAGGAGAAAAAAAGUUUGGACAUAAAUGGAAAUUAUGAGGGAGGCGGAGUGUGUGAUAAUUGCAAGGACAAUACUGAUGGUAUCAACUGCGAGAAAUGUAAAUCAGGCUUCUAUCGUCCUGCUGGAGUACCCAAGACAUCUCGUGAUGCCUGUCAAGCUUGUUCAUGUGACAGAAGAUUUUCCUCUGGCAAUUGUUUUGAUGGCAAUGGACAGUGUGAGUGUCUGAAGAGCUAUGCUGGACCUAAUUGUGAUCAGUGUAAUGAGGGAUUUUAUGGAUUUCCUAACUGUAAACCUUGUGACUGUCAUCCCUUGGGUACAAGUGGGCGUGUGUGUGGACCAACUGGUGACCAGUGUCCAUGUAAACCCAAUUACACCGGUGCCAAGUGUGAUCAGUGUGCCCCAGGAUAUUAUGGUUUUCCAAACUGCAGAAGGUGCAACUGUGACAAAGUAGGCUCACUAUCAACAGAUUGUAACAUUUCAUCAGGGCAGUGCAACUGCCGUCAAAUGUACACUGCAAGGCAGUGUAAUCAGUGCAGUAAAGGAUUCUAUAGCUUUCCUGAAUGCAAAGUUUGUAACUGUGAUGCAGAGGGUACAGCACGAGAUAUCUGUGAUCCAAAUACUGGCAUGUGCAUUUGUAUGGAGAACUUUGCAGGUCCUCGCUGUGAUGAUUGUAAUGAUGGAUAUCAUAGCUUUCCAGUGUGUUCAGGUUGUGGAUGUUCUGCGCAAGGUUCAACCUCUCCUAAGUGUAACCAGUAUGGUGUGUGUGUGUGCCAAGAGAACUAUGAUGGUAAACGGUGUGACCGGUGCAGAUUGGGCUACUACAGCUAUCCAAGAUGUGUCAAAUGUUCUUGUGACCCUAGGGGUUCAGUUCAUGAGUUCUGUGAUCCAAACACAGGGCAGUGUAACUGCAAAGGAAGUUUCCGUGGUCUUAACUGUAAUCGUUGUCGUAGUGGAUAUUAUGGGUUUCCUGAUUGUCAAGCUUGUAAGUGCAAUCCUGCUGGGAUUAAGCCACUUCCAGAUGGACAGCUGGUUGACUGUUCCUUAUCAAAUGAGGGCCAAUGUAAUUGUAAGGAUAAUGUUCAAGGUCUUGCCUGCACAGAGUGCAAAGAUGGCUACUUCUUUCUUCAAAGAAGUAAUCCUUUAGGCUGCAACAGCUGUGAGUGUAACAUGGAUGGUGUGAUUGGUGGUCUCCGCACGUGUGACAAGUUUACAGGACAGUGUCCUUGUAAGCUGUAUGUUGCUGGUAGAAAGUGCACCUCAUGUAAAGCUGGAUUCUAUGGUCUGGAAGGCAGUAAGGUGUUUGGUUGCACAGGGUGUGACUGUGAUGUGGGGGGAGCUUAUGACCAAUUCUGCGACAGCACUUCAGGCCUAUGCAGCUGUCGAGCAAACAUUGUGGGUAGAGACUGUAGCAGGCCUGCCCCUCGCCAUUACUACCCCACAUUAUUACACAUUAUGGCAGAGCUGGAAGAUGCUACAGCAGUCCCUACUAAACAAGGGUCUGUCCCAGGUCAGGAUGUGCUAUCACCUGAUGUUUCAUCAGAAAGCGAUGGUUCUCCGGUCAGAUUUGGCUUUGAUGAAAAUGUGUUUCCUGGUUAUUCGUGGAGAGGAUAUGCAACAAUGUCAGAUCUUCAGAAAGCAUUAAAAGUUACCCUGGAUAUUCCAAAGACGACUCGUUACCACCUCAUAUUCCAUUCUAUCACAAAUGAGAGUUUGCCAGUGACAGGCAAGGUUAUGCUCACUCCUAAAGGAGGUGUAGGAAGCAAACAGAGCAGUCCAGUCACCUUUCCAGUGAAACAGAGCGGCUUAACAAAUGUCGAUGUGUAUCACACAGUUGGGGACAAGGAUAUGGCGACACAGUUUAUGCUGACUAAAGGACAGUGGGAUCUGAUGUUAGUUCUACCUCCAGCAAGUGUUCUCUUGGAUUAUGUAGCUGCUUUACCACAAGAAUACUAUGAAGCAUAUCAACUUGAGGAUAAAGUCACCAAACCCUGUCAAGUCAAUGGUAUCAAUACUUUAUGUAACCAGUUUUCCUAUCUGAGCACAAAGAAACCUGGAUUGUUUACAACAGAACUGGAAACAGGAUAUAUUAUCAGGAAUAGUGGCCUUAAGCCAACACAGUUGUUUGAAGAUGAAGCAGUGUUACAACAGUUGGAUUUCAGUGCUAUGGCUUUGUUAGAUGACAGACAGAAGCGUAUUACAGCAGAUUUUAAUAUCCCCAAGAGUGGUAAAUAUGUCAUUGUUAUCCAGUAUUACCAUCCUUCUGAUAACACAGCGAAAAUGAAUGUGUACUUGAGGUAUCCACAAGGGACACAGAUAGGAGAGUUCAACCUUCAAAGCUGUAACUACAGAUUUGGCUGCCGUCAGGUGGCUGUUGAUAAUACUGGUGUGGUGAAAGUGUUUGAUGUAUCAGAGUUACGGCGAAUGGUAGUUACUCUGCUGGCAAGGGAUUCAUCUUCUCCUAUUGCUGUGGACUCCAUCACUGCCAUUCCACUGGAUAUGUGGAAAUUGGAUUUCAUUGCACCAAGCAUUCUCUGUACAACCCAGGGUAGUGAGUGUAUUCCCACAACAUAUCCUGUUCCCAAAGGAGCUGUUAAGAUUGAAGCUGAUGGUCGUGAUCCUAAUCAACCACAGCCACCAAAUAAACAAGAUCCAGCAGUAAAAUUGCAGUAUCUGGAGGGACCUAAAAUCCAUCUCCUGGUGGGCCUUGUCCCUCGACCUGGUCAGUAUGCAGCCAUUGUUCAUUAUUAUCAGCCAAACCAUGCUUCGUUUGAAUCACAAGUGUCUGUUACAAGUGACCGCGCACUAGAUGGUUCCAUGAAAUUCCAUUACUGUCCUCAUGCAUCAGGCUGUCGAUCGGUCAUCAGGAACUUGAAUGCAUCACCUUUCUUUAACAUUGGACGCAAUUCUGUUGCACUGGAAUUCACUAUUCCUGAGAACUCAUCGACCUGGAUUGAUUAUGUCUUACUUGUACCUCAAGAUUUAUUUACUGAGGAGCUGCAAGAAGAUUCCCCAGUACCCUUGACUCAAGAAUUUCUUGACUCAUGCAGUAAGGAUUAUUUCUUCAUCAAGUCCUCGGAUCCAAAGUUUUGUAAAGAUUCUGUGUUCUCACUCACUACAAGUUUUAACAAUGGAAGUUUUGCCUGUGACUGUAAUCCCAAGGGAACUUUGAACAGUGAUGGUAACUGUGAACAGUUUGGAGGACAGUGCUCUUGUCGGCAGAAUGUGAUUGGCAGAACCUGUAGCAGGUGCAAGACAGGGUAUUAUGGCUUCCCUAACUGCAGAAAAUGCCGCUGUGUUUUUUGUAAUGAGUUUAAUGGAGCUUGUGACUGUCCACCCAACACAGUUGGUCCCAACUGUGAAUUUUGUCUGCAAGGGACGUGUUGCUAUGACCAAAUCCUUGGGUGUCAGGACUGUGGCUGUGAGAGAUUUGGUGUGAAGGGUGGUGACAUAGCAUGCAAUCCUAACACAGGACAAUGUAAUUGUAAACUGUCUCAUACUGGAAAGAAGUGCAACAAGUGUGCUACAGGUUAUUAUGACUAUCCCUUGUGCCAGAAAUGUGAUUCAUGUGAUACUAGAGGUGUUGAUAGCAGGAUAUGUGAUAGUAAUGAUGGAACUUGCUUUUGUAAGCCUGGUGUCACUGGACCACGCUGCGAUCAAUGUGCAGCUGGACGCUUCAAUCUAGAUGCCAACAACCCAGAUGGCUGUUCUGAGUGUUGGUGUAAUGGUCUGUCAGACUCUUGUAACAGUGGUAAUAAGUACUGGUCCAAUGUGGUCAUAAUGGACAACUGGCAGUUAGAGAACAGUCCAGCAAUUGUGGUCAAGAUCGGGGAAACUAAUCUUUAUGCCUCUGUGAGCAGCCAAAGGAAGAAGAAAGGCAAGCCAAUAUACUGGUUAGCACCUAAGGAAUACUUGGGAGAAAAGACUUCAUCUUACGGAGGCAAACUGUCUUAUACAAUCCGUUAUGAAGUACCACAAGGAGAAAGUUCACCAGUGUUGACAACUAAACCUGAUGUUGUGAUAGAGGGUAAAAAUGGUAAAGUACUGCAAAACAAAAGACAGCUGCAACUCUUGCCAGGGAAAACAUCAGCCAUUGACGUGCAAUUUCUUGAGUACCUGUGGGAAGAUUCCAGUGGGGCAAAUGUCAGCAGGGAUGACUUCAUGUCAGUUCUUCAUGACAUAGAAUCUCUUAAACUGAGGGCAUCUUACAGCACUGUUGUUGCAGAAGUGACAAUUAACGACGUUUCAAUGGAUGUUGCUGUUGACGGGCCUCUUGUGGGAGCAGUGAGAGCAAGGAGUGUUGAAAUAUGUGACUGUCCAGAAAGAGCUACUGGUGUAUCAUGCGAGCUGUGUGGAAAGGGUUAUACAAGAGCUCCUGAUAAUACCACAUGUAUUCCUUGUAACUGUUUUGGACACUCUGAUGACUGUGAUGGAGAAACAGGAGAAUGCUACAAUUGUCUUCAUAACACUACAGGCCUGAACUGUGAGGUGUGUGAACCUGGUUACUAUGGUGAUGCCACAACAGGAUCGCCACUAGACUGUGGUAUAUGUGAAUGUCCUUUGGGAAUCAUGUCAAACACCUUUGCUACAGGAUGUGCCCUUAAUUCUUUCAAUGAUCUCUUGUGCACCUGUAAAGAAGGUUAUUCUGGACAGAGUUGUGAGUCCUGUGCUGAUGGUUUCUAUGGGAAUCCCUCUCUACCUGGUGACUUCUGCAAGCGUUGUGUGUGUAGUGGCAAUAUUGAUCCAGGUGUUAAUGGGAGCUGUGACACUCAGACAGGACAGUGUCUUAAAUGUAUCAAUGCUGCAACAGGAGACCAAUGUGACCGUUGUUUGAAUGGCUACUUUGGUGAUGCAGUUGUUGCCAAGAACUGUGCAAGAUGUGCCUGCAGUGAUUGUGGCACGGUGACUGCAGUAUGUAACCACACCACUGGACUUUGCAAGUGUAAGCCCAAUGUUAUUGGAGACAGCUGUGACAGUUGUAAGCCAAAUACCUGGAACUUUGACAGCUGUCUUGGAUGUGAAGAUUGUGAAUGUGCACCUGCAUCACUGUCCUCGUCAUGUGAUGGAAAAACAGGUCAGUGCGAGUGUCCAGAGGGUGUAACUGGAAGGAGAUGCGACAGAUGUAAAGCAGGCUACUUUGAUUACUCAGCUGGUGGUUGUCAAGCUUGCAACUGUGGAAAGGGCGAAGAAAAUCUAUUUGGUUUCUGUGACAUUAAUACUGGACAGUGCUGUAAACCAGGAGGAAACUGCACCAUCUGCCCUGAAAACUAUAUUCUGACGGAUGAGGGUUGUGAAUACUGUGGCGAGUGUGUGGGACGCUUAUUGAAUACAUCCACUGAGCUAGAUCACAACCUUACACAGGCUCUCAAGUCUUUAGAACAAGGGACUGCAGGGAUCAUUGCAGAAAGUCGAUUUUCAGAUAUAAAUGAAACUCUACAAAGGUUAAUUCCACCCACCAAUGAAUACAAUUCAACCAUGGAAGAAUUGUCGCUGUUUGUUGGUAUAUCCAUUGUAGAUGGUGAGGAAAUUUUAUGCAUUCAGGUUACUUUCAAUAAUGAAAAAAACUCUGUGCUCAAGCACUAACAACCCCGGAAUUCCCCUAAGUGCAACUCAUCCAAUCUGAGCAUUUUUUAAAGAGAAAUCUAGAUAAGGUGCUUAAAAAUAAAAUGCAAGUAUGCAGAAAUUCUAGCGUGAUAUCCAGUCCUUCAUAUUUUAGCUGUGGAAAUUACAUCGGUCCAAAUCCAAACCCUCAAGCAAAAAUUUCCAAUGUUGCCCUAUUUGUUAAGAAAAGAAAAUGAUUACCAGCAUUUUAACCUAUAACAUGCACUGUGAUUCCAUAGCUAAGUACUUGCCUUAAGGCGUAAUGCAACUUGGUUUCUAUAUCGCAUUUGAUUAUAUAUCCACUAACGUUCUAUCAUGAAUGCCGUGCGCUGAUUGGCUACGCUACUCACUAUCUAUUCUGUUGCAGAUAGUGAGUAUCAUUAAACCUAGCAGUGUGCGCUUGUUAACGAACUGGCAGCCGCUUCUUU